CCCUCCCUAUUCUCCAGAAUAGGUCAAUGACAGUGCUUUCAACUCUUUUACCCGCCUGUCCCAUCUAUUUUGCCGGCGAAAUGAACAUCAAAAAAGGGGUGAGCACCGCAUCCGACCGCGCAUCGCGAAUAGAUUACCCUUACAAAUACCUCGUAAAGCCAAAAGGCCCCCAGGGACCAUAGAUGGGAGGACGCGCCGGGGUGAUGUAUAUUGCGACCGAUAUGAAUGCUGCCAGAUGCGGGAAAUGAUGAACGUCGGUACAAAAGGCGUAGCAGUCCUCGCUGUUGACGCUUGACUGAGUAGCAUAACCGCGAGCUAGCCCAACUGUAUAUCCAGCAAACAGAAAACAGGAAGAAGGAUAUUCUGUAGCAAUCGACUUCGAAUUAUUAGACUCCGUAGUUCGACCCAGGACAAUCCAAGAUGCUCUCCCCUCUCCUCAGCGCCACGGCCUUCGCGGCCCUCGUCCACGCCCACGGGUACAUCUCGAGCCCACCGAUGCGCAUGCCCGGCAACGCCACGACGACGGCGUGCGGGCGCUCCGUCGUAGCGGACAUCGUGCGCGACAAGACGUCGCACGUCGAGGGUCUCCCCGAGCUCGCAGCCAAGGACGCCGGCUACAAGGCGGCGCAGUGCAACCUCUGGCUGUGCCGCGGCGUGCAGUUCGGCGACAACGUGGCCAACGUGCAGGCGUACGUGCCGGGCCAGACGGUCGAGAUCAAGGUCGCGCUGACGAUCCCGCACGCGGGAAGCGCCAACGUCUCCAUCGUCGACACCAAGACGAAUGCCAUCGUUGGCCGGCCUCUGCUCAGCUGGCCGUCCGGAUAUGCCGAUGAGAGGCAGUUCUAUGGGAAGACAUUGCCGGCAAACCAGACUGAUUUCAAAAUUACGAUCCCGACGACGCUUGACGGCAAGUGUGCUACUGCUGGUGAAUGUGUGAUCCAAUGGUGGUGGUACGGUACAGGAGCAAAACAGACAUACGAGGCCUGUGUGGACUUCACGGUCGCCGCAGCUUAGACCUUGUGUGAGCAAGUCGAGAUCUCGGGAAAUUUACGUGUUGUUUUGCGAUAUCAUCUUUUUUGAGAGUAUAGUCUGGGUCGCCAUAAUGAAAAGACGAAAAUCGACCCUGUCUCUGAGCAUCCAUGCUUUUUCCACGUAAAUAUACCUAGAUACUUUAUAAGAAAUACUGAAUUGGUGUGGGAAAAGCGGCCAAAAUCAACUAUACAACUGUAAAUAUUCCCGAGCGUGAUAGAUCGUCUGUCCAACACAUUCAGCCCCCUACCCAGAACCCAUGUAAUCUAACACUACAUAUUGUCCGAAAUAUACUGAGUGUCAUAGAUACUUUCCAGAAUUUACCCAAGUGCUAGCUUACUUCAUUAUACAAUAUCUUUACCAGUU